AUGACUGGCUUUGCCAAAUUCGCCCUUCAAGUCCAGAAAGUCCGGGCCGCGAUCCGCAAGAAAGGCAAGGAAGCCAAGCGGGAAAGACAUGCAGUUCUACCCUCUACACCGUCUCCCUGGGACCUUCCCGUUGAGAUUCAAAUCCGCAUUUUUGCCUACUGCGGUAUCGUCGAUUUUCAUCCGCUGAGACUCGUCUGCAAGGCGUUCUACCAGCUACUCACUUCCAAUGAACACGAGAUCGUACGCCAAUAUCUCCGUCUACGCCGUCACGGUACCCUCCCUUCUCCAAUCGACGAUGAUCGCAUCUACACCCGCAACCCGGCGGACGAUGUCGUGCUCUUGUCGGACCUCUUCCCGCCCUCCAAGAGUGCCCGCGGCGGACAUCUUUAUACCUUCAAGUACUUGCACGGCCUUCGUCGGAGACAGAUGCUCUGCUCGCGACUCUGCUAUUACCUUGCAGAUCGCAUCCUCGAUCGCUUCAUCCAUACCGAACCCGCUGUCAUGAAAGCCUCGUUUCCGUCGAAACGAAACGAGCGCAAUGCCCUCGUCAAACGAGGUAUCGCAAGCAUAUGGUUCCACCUUGCGCCGCUCAUGUAUGCUCAUCGAAACAAGCUCUCCUUGGCACGAUCCACUGACUUCUCUAGGUACUACACCCUCUAUUUUCUCGAAUCGUACGCGUCCGCCAGGCGCGAACACACCAACAUGCUAGUUCAAAAAUACGAGGCUGGAAAGCUGCCCGUACCCUUCCCACUCGAGAUUCGUCAACGAAUGUACCGGGAACUUCAGACUCGCAUCUUACAGCAACCCCCAUUCACCAAUACCGCGGCACUGGUAGCAACACACCACUGCAUGCAUCUACUCGUCUCUUACAUCCGAUACACAAUGAAUUCCGAGGUGCAGGUGGAAACCGAUGACUCUUGGAUCAGCUCGCUACUGACAUUGGCACCAUUCGUGCGCAUCGUGGAGUUCUUCUCUGCGGAGAUUGGCGAUGGAGGGAGUCAGCGAACACAACGCAAAGACUUCAUGUACAACUUUUAUAACGACAUGACGAUGUAUCAAAAGGAUCAUAUGAACUCGGUUGUUUUUGCGCGUGCCCCCGCACAAAAUCUGCAUAGCUCUGUGGAGGAUAUUUGGUUUGCCGCUGCCGAGGCGGAGUUGAGGGCUCGAAAUGCUAUUCCUCACGAUGUGGAGCACGUCUGGGUGUGGAAUGGUAUUCCUAUUGUAUUUGGGUGUCCGCACUGCCAUCGUACUAGAGGUUGGCAGGCUUGA